AUGAUUAACUUGACGCAUUCUCAAGUGCGCAUAGCUGAGAAAAAAAGAGAUAACAACUUGAAGUAAACAAUGUUUACUAAACAUUGCAAAUUCAUUUGCCAUUUUGCUAUUUAGCUUGAAUUCCUAGCUUGUGAGUCAUGUUUGCACUUUUUGACUGAAUAACAUUUUUUCUUGUCGUAAAGUGUUUCUAGUUUUGAACAAAUAAUGGAUAGUACCAGAAUAUCAACAGUUCCUACAACAAUGUUGGAGUUGUCAAUUUCUUGUCGGAAUCUAACCAAUAAAGAUACAUUGUCAAAAAGUGAUCCACAAUGUACUUUGUACAUCAAAAAUUUGUCAGAUAAAGAUUGGAGAGAAAUUGGAAAAACCGAAGUGAUCAAUGAUGAUUUAAACCCUCAUUUUGUCCGUAAAUUUUUGAUCGAUUACAACUUUGAAACGGUGCAAAAACUGAGGUUUGUAUUACAUGACAUUGAUACUGUUUCAAAUGAUUUUCUUGGCCAACAUGAAACAACCCUGGCUGAAAUCGUUGCCUUUCAGGGAAGAGAAUUUACUGGUCCUUUGAAAGAUGAAAGAGGAAGAAGUGCAGGAACUGUCAUUGUAGUUGCUGAGGAGAUUGCUAAUUGUAAACGAAGUGUAAAUAUCGCCUUAAAAGGUUGUGAUAUUCUCGGGACUAGUUGCUUCACCAAACGAUCAACUUUCCUCACUUUUUGGCGAUCUAUUGAAAACGGAUCUUAUAGUCUAGUUCAUAAAACUGAAGCUGCUCCAGUUUCCCAUAAACCUGAAUGGAAAAAGAUCUAUAUUUCUGCUAGAACUCUUUGCAAUGGAGAUUUUGAUCGCAACAUUAGGAUUGACUGUAUGAAAUAUAAAAUGUCUGGCGCCCAUACUUUGAUUGGAUCAUUUCAUACUACUCUCAAUGACUUGACUCAAAGAUUUAACAAUCCUUCUAAUCGUAAAUUAACGCUAAGCAAUUCAAAAAAGCGAUCCAUAAAAUGUGGUAAUCUGGAACUCAAGGAACUAGAAAUUGGCGAUGAAUAUUCAUUUCUCGAUUAUAUCAUGGGAGGAACUCAACUACAUUUCGCAGUUGCUAUUGACUUUACCGCCUCUAAUGGUAAUCCAAUAUAUCCAGAGUCGCUACAUUACAUUGGAUCAGAUAAAUCUAAUCCCUACGAACUAGCUUUAAAAGCAAUCGGUGAAAUUUUAAGGCCAUACAACUCUCAAAAUGUUUAUCCUGGUUUUGGGUUUGGUGCAAAAUUAUCACCUCAAGCUCCAGUCUCUCACCAAUUUCCAUUAAAUGGUAACAUUAACCAUCCGUACUGCAAUGGAAUUGAAGAAAUUAUUACACAUUAUCGAUCAACUGUUAGUCGUGUAACUUUUUACGGACCAACCAAUUUUGCUCCUGUUAUUGAAAGCACAGCUGCCAUCGCUAGACAAUAUGAUGCUGGUUCUAGCUAUUUUAUUUUACUCAUUAUUACUGAUGGUAUUAUUUGUGAUAUGCCACAAACAAAACAGGCAAUAAUCGAGGCUUCACACUUGCCUCUGUCAAUAAUUAUUGUUGGUGUUGGAAACGAUGAUUUUGCUGCCAUGAAUGAACUUGACUCUGAUGAUCGCUUGUUGGAAUUUAAUGGUAAAAAAGCUGUCCGUGAUAUUGUUCAGUUUGUACCUCUGAGAAACUACAUCAAUACAUCAGUACCAGCUAUGGACGGUUUAGCUAAAGAUGUGCUUUACGAAGUACCCGAUCAACUUACUUCAUUUAUGAGAGCCAAAGGAAUCAAACCCAAAAAAACUACUCAAUAACAUUUUACUUUUAUCUUGUUAUUUUCUCAAUGUUUGUCUUUUAACCUGCCAAUGACAAUUUUAUAUCUCAAUUCUAUCAUGUCCUAUGAAACAAACUAUCUUUACUAUCGUGGUGAUUCACAAUUUAAUUUUAUCUGUCUUUAUAUGAUAAGCACCAUUGUUAUUACAUUGAGCUUUCUAUUGUAUUCUCUUAUUUAACGUAUUAUUCGUUAACGAACAAAUUAUGCUAAAUUCAUUCCAUACUCGUUGUUGAACUUCCACAAUUCACUACUUGACCAAAUUUUUUUAUUAAAUUUGUCUGUAUCUGUUGUCUAGUAAAAUUAAUACAUAUUGUUAUUCCCAUAAUAAUAAACCAAUACUUUUGUAAAAUUGAUGUUGGAUUGAACAAUCUUCCUAGCUUAAUACACUUCAUUUUCCACCCAUAGAGGGCGUUACAACUAUACUGUUACGGUUGUAUUCGAGUCCUUCACUUGGUCUUGUUUGUUUAUCAAUAAUCAUCUUUUUUAAUUGUUCAAUUAAUCUCUAAUUUCUGGAUUAACCUUUGUUUUGCCAACAAAUCAGGAAAGUGUUACCAUUAUGAACUCGAUAGUUCGACAAUGCUUGAAUCCAAGGACUAUUAAAGGUCUACAAAUGCUGCAAAAAAGAGGCUACUCGUACCCUUAUGAUAAUAAGUUUUUGGUCACUCCACCUAGGACACCAAUAUCGGUAGUUGAAAGAGUAGCUUGGUUUACCUUGCUUUUUACCUCUAUAACCUCUGUCCCUGCUUGGAUUCUUUAUCAUCUUCGUCUUUACCGAGGCCAAAGUUACGAUGACUGGAUUAACUAUCAAAACAGAUGGGUCAAAAGUGGAUAAAUGUUUUUUUGAAUUGCUGACAAAGAUUAUUGUGAAAUUGUUAUCCCAGUACUCAUGAAAUCAUCAUCAAAGCAAAUUACUCUUACAAAUCUCCAUCUUUUAGCUUUCUUCUUAAUAUAAUUUAAUGAGCCAAUGACGGUGAUGAUUUUAUUUUUGUUUUUAUUCACUGUAGAUUAACAGUCUAAUGAUGAACAGAACAGAAAAUAAGCAGCCAUUAAAGUUGUUCUGCUUUAGGGUAAAUUAAUGUGCUUGCUAGAACCUGAAAAUGAAUCAAAUACUGUGUUUUUUUGUAGGUUAAAUUUGUUUUGAUUGAUUUCCUUUGAGAAAAAAAAUUAUUAAAUCUAAUUGUAGAUUAAAUUGGUUAAUUGAUUACUUUCAUUUGAUCAUCUGGAUGUUACCGGUCAAUUCAUUAUUUUAAUGAUAAUGGUACCUCAACAAAAAAUGAAGCUGAUGUAAAAAAUGGACGACUCAUUUUUCAUCAAAGCCGUUGACUUAACAGAUUUUAUUCUUUACCUCCAAGGAUUUGCAAGAAUUGAUUAUCUCAUGAAAAUUGAAUUAUUGAAUACAAACAGAUUUGAACUUUUCAUCUUUUAAUAGUAAACAUUUAGCAAAGUAAAGGUUAAUCUCAACUAAUGA